UCUCUUCUGUUUGCAGCGAUACUUAAAAAAAAAUGGAUGUUUCCGAAUUCACGAAGAAAAAUUGGGUCGACUGGAAGUACUUAUCUGACGUUCCGGAUGAAUGCAAAUCGAAAGAUGUGAUGCUCGGUGUUGAUGAGGCCGGAAGAGGGCCUGUUCUUGGUCCUAUGGUGUAUGGGAUUGCGUAUUGCCCAGUAGAUAAGGAUGAGGAGCUGAAAUCACUGGACGUCGCUGACUCGAAAACACUGAAGCUCGAAGAGCGAGAAGCAAUCUUCGAACGUAUCAAUGCUUCUAGUUUCGUCGGUUGGGGUAUUCAUAUUCUUUCGCCGAUUACUAUAAGUAACGCAAUGCUGUCCAGAUCGAAGUGCAACUUGAACACACUGUCUCAUGAUGCUGCGAUAGGACUAAUUCAGGCUGCUCUUGACGCUGGCGUAAGAGUGAAGCAGGUGUUCGUCGAUACUGUUGGGCCUCCAGAAAAAUAUCAAGAAAAAUUGUCCAAGUUAUUUCCCGGAAUACAAGUGCAAGUUUCCAAGAAAGCUGACAGCUUGUUCCCGACUGUUAGCGCUGCUAGUAUUUGUGCUAAGGUUGCCAGAGAUAUCGCGUUGAAAGACUGGCAGUUCAGCGAAAAAGGAACAGAUUGGCAGAAAGUGGAAUACGGCAGUGGGUAUCCCGGAGAUCCGAAAACGAAACAAUUCCUGAGGGACCACAUGGACCCUACAUUUGGAUUUCCGACGCUGGUUCGUUUUGCUUGGUCCACAGCGUCUGAUUUGCUGGAGAAGGAAGCCGUGCUAUUCACGUGGGACGAAACUGAGGAAGAAGCUGCGAAGUCGAAGAAACGAAAUAAGCGUUCGAUUUCCGACAUGUUUGGAACAACGUCGCCGAAGAGAAACUUAGCAAGGCAUGCAUUUUUCACUUCACGUAAUGUUCUGCAUGUUUCUGACUUCUGAACGGGAAUGAAAUUCUCUUUAACAAGAUCCUCUUUCGCUUGUUCGUCGGGUCUUCCAUUUUUACAGUGUUUUCAAUUUUUCAUUCUGCUUUGGUGGAUGAACCAACGAAUACUUUUUAUAGA